AUGUACUGGCAGUGGGCAGGUCUGAUCCUGAACAUCAGUGAGCCACAGGAAAGCUGCCAGAACCUGGGCUUUCCCCAGACACCUGUGCCCAUCGCCCCUGUGGGAGAAACUUCCCUGGAGCUGCAGGGAACAGCCUGCCCAUCAUGGCCUCCCUGGCCAACUCACCUGUCUCCUUCAGCUGCAGGAUCAGCUACCCGUACACCCCCCAAUUCAAGGCUUUCACAGUCAGUGACCCACAGCAGCCUGCCCAUCGUGGCCUCCCUGGCUAACUCAGCUGUCUCCUUCAGCUGCAGGAUCAGCUACCCGUACACCCCCCAAUUUAAGGCUUUCACAGUCAGCUACUUUCAUGAAGACCUCCAUGGGCGAAGGAGCCCUGAGAAGCCAACCAACUGCCACCCUGGACUGGGCAUAGAGAACCAGACCUAUGCCCUAAACUGCCUGGUCACCCUUGUGCCGUUGGACACAUCAGCGACUGGCACCUACUACUGCUCUGUCAACAGGCCACACCCUGUGGCAACAGGCAGUGGCACCUUCAUCCUGGUCAGAGAGGCAGAUGCAGGCUCCACGGAAGGAUCCCACCAGGAAGUGCCCAGCUCCAAGAUCUGCCAGCAGCCCCAAACAGCCUCCUGCAGAAUACGUCUACACAGCUCUGCAGUGCCACAAGAUGGAGGUCUAUGCCUGCAUUGA